CAGCUACAGUGAAAGUGCUCUCAGAAAUAGGAAGUGACGUAAUGUUUUUCCUCGUUUGCACUCAGUAGCAGUUAACGUUACAAUGGCACCGCUCGACCUAGAUAAAUAUGUUGAGAUUGCAAGACAGUGUAAAUACCUGCCGGAAAACGACUUAAAGAGAUUAUGUGACUAUGUCUGUGAUCUUCUGUUGGAGGAGUCCAAUGUACAGCCGGUGUCUACUCCAGUCACUGUGUGUGGGGACAUACAUGGACAGUUUUACGAUCUUUGUGAACUGUUCAGAACUGGAGGACAAGUUCCUGACACAAACUACAUUUUCAUGGGUGACUUUGUUGACCGUGGUUAUUACAGCCUGGAGACCUUCACGUAUUUGCUGGCAUUGAAAGCCAAGUGGCCUGACCGCAUCACCCUGCUGCGAGGAAACCACGAGAGCCGGCAGAUCACUCAAGUGUAUGGCUUUUACGAUGAGUGCCAAACAAAAUAUGGAAAUGCCAACGCCUGGCGAUAUUGCACGAAAGUUUUCGACAUGCUGACAGUCGCAGCCUUACUGGAUGAGCAGAUCCUCUGUGUCCAUGGUGGCCUGUCACCCGACAUCAAGACGCUGGACCAGAUCCGCACCAUCGAGCGCAACCAAGAGAUCCCGCACAAGGGGGCCUUCUGUGACUUGGUGUGGUCAGACCCCGAGGAUGUGGACACCUGGGCCAUCAGCCCAAGGGGUGCUGGCUGGCUUUUUGGAGCCAAGGUCACCAAUGAGUUUGUUCACAUCAACAAUCUUAAGCUGAUCUGUCGGGCUCACCAACUGGUCCACGAGGGCUACAAGUUCAUGUUUGAUGAGAAGCUGGUGACUGUGUGGUCGGCCCCCAACUACUGCUACCGCUGCGGGAACAUCGCCUCCAUCAUGGUCUUCAAAGACGCCUCCACGCGGGAGCCCAAGCUGUUCCGUGCUGUGCCCGACUCGGAGAGGGUCAUACCCCCCAGAACGACGACGCCCUACUUCCUCUGAGCACAGACCUCCUGGACCCCCCACCCCCCUGCUCUGAGCUCUCUUCCCUCCCCCGCGUAGCUCACAUUUGUUUUCCCCAUCAUGUACAGUCCCCAGCAUUAACCUGCCCAUAAGAGUUUUGUCCUGUUUGCUGCUGUCCGUCUCUCCCGCCUUUUAAGAUUUCCCCUUUUUGUUUUGUUAUUUAUUGCUGUAAAACCAAAUCCCCAGCAUGUAAGGGCGACUAAAUACGUGGUCACAUUGCUCUUGAUGUUGUUAUUACAGUCCCUGUUCUCGCACCGUUUUAUCUUUUUAUGCAAGGUUCCAAGCACAUGUUUGCACUAGAUGCGUGCUGUGAACUUACUGCACUUAACCAUUCCUCACCAUACUGUAUUAUUUGAUUUGAUUUUAUAUGAGCAUAAAUGCAUUUUCUGGCAUUUGUGAACAAGGAUGGAAUAUGAACAUCAAAGCUUCUGAGAGUCAUCUUCAGCUUCAAGCACUGUCAAAUUUUAGAGCUUAGUGAUUGUAAUAGGUUAGAGAAGCAGUACAGUUUGCUGGUUUUGAAAAUGAUCGGAGGGAAGGGUGUAGGUUUUUACCCCUGGUUGUGCACUGCUUUUGUACCCUAUAAGCAAGGUACUUAGCUUGAAUAUUUUUUUGUAAAUAUUACCUGUGUAAGUAGAUGAUAUGCAAGAAUGUGAUCUCUGCAAGUUAUCCUGGAUAAAGCUGUCAACUAAGCCACUAAAAUUGUGCAAUAAAUUUAGAUUAAUGCUAUAUUACUAAAUGACAUGCUUUAAAGCUAUAUGUAUUGGUAUAUUACUGUGAAAAUACCUUGACAGGUCAUUCUGAGGUGGACUGCGGAAGAAAAAAAAGUAUUUUUCAAUGAUUAGUGUAUUUAGUUGUUCUGUUCUCUUACAGAUAGAUAUUGGUUUCUCUCUUGUCCAUAGCAGAAAAACUAAAGAGAUGCUGUUUUUGUUCAAAUGGGAGGAUCAGCUGGCCUAUCUAGGUCUAUGUAAUUAGCAGGCCUGUGAUGAAUUUAUACUUUGAAUGUAUUUUAUUUUUCAUUUGAUUCAUUUCAUGUUAUUGCAUUAGAUAUGUCAACCAAUAUAGUGCACAAGUAUUGGAAAUAAAUCUAAUUUCUUCACA